AAAAAAGCGUUGUCAACGCUCGGAAGGGACGACUUGGCGCCAUGGCAAAGUCUAUCCUUGUCAUCGGCCAUGGGCCCAUCGGCCACUCCUUUAUUGAGAAGAUGUCUGCCGAGAGCAGCGGCUGUCAGAUCUCAGUCCUUUGCGAAGAGCCACGCCCAGCAUACAACCGAGUCAUGCUGACACAGUACUUUGAGGACCGGGAUGCCGAAAAACAUGACAAGAUGAAACUAUCCUAUGUCACCGAGGAAGAGUUGAAGGAACUCAAAGUGAACCUUCUCUAUGGCCGAGCAAUGUCUAUUGACAGAGAAGCCAAGAAGGUGUCCUAUGCCAGCCAGAAAGGGGCUGAAACUCAAACAGUGGUUGGCUAUGACAUUUUGGUUUUGGCGACUGGUUCCUUCUGCUUUGUUCCUCCUGUGCCAGGAAUGACUAUCCCAGAGAAAAAAAAUGUGAACUGGCCGGAUGAUCCUGCCUCAAGGCCGGAAGGGGUUUUCGUCUACCGCACCAUUGAAGACCUUGAGGCACUGCUUGGGAAGGCCAAGUCAGGGGCCAAGCGUGCAGUGGUCAUCGGUGGUGGAUUGCUGGGACUAGAGGCUGCCAAGGCUGUGUUUGAUCUGAAGAUGGAAAGCCAUGUCCUGGAAAUGGCACCAUACCUGAUGCCAACCCAAUUAAAUGAGAUUGCUGGUCAAGUCCUGAUGAAGAAGAUCAACGAUCUGGGUGUUCAUGUGCAUUGUGGUGUGCAAAUCAAGCGCGUGGUGCUGGAUGAUGGGAAAGUCACAGGCAUAGAGCUAGUUGAAAAGGGGGCAGAGUCCCCAACCAUCCUGGACACUGAUCUUGUGAUUGUUUCAUGUGGCGUUCGCCCACGUGACGAGUUGGCGAGGCAGUGCGGACUGAAGAUGGGUGCAAGGGGCGGCGUCGAAGUGGACGCUCAGUUGCGAUCCUCUGAUGAAAGCAUCUAUGCCAUUGGAGAAGUCGCAGCCAUCGGUGGCAACAUGUGCUACGGUUUGUGGGCACCUGGUGUUGAGCAAGCUGAAACAUUGGUGCUGAACCUGCUGCGGCCGGGAUCAUCUGUGUAUCGUGCCAGCGACUUGAGCACGAAACUCAAGCUUCUUGGUGUUGAGGUUGCUUCCUUUGGCCGCAGUGCUGACUUCUGGUUCAAGGGCCAAUAUACUGGGAAGGAUCCAAGCAUCAAAUUCAUUGACAGCAAGGAUGACCUCAACGACACAUAUCGCCGGCUGUGCUUCUCCGCAGAUGGUUCGAAAUUGAUGGGUGGCGUUCUGGUUGGAGAUGCGAAGGACUAUGGCAAACUGCUUCAGCUCAGCAAAAAGGACGAUCUUGCUGGCAAUGACCCUGUAGCCUUGGCCUUCAAAUUGCCACCUCCAGGCAGCAACGCAGUUUCAGAUGGUGGUGAUGGCACUGGCCUAACAGAUGAUUGCACCAUCUGCACCUGCAUCGGGUUGUCUAAGAGUCAGGUUCGCCAAGCCAUCAUUGACAAGGAAGCCUACACCAUUCCACUCAUCAAGAAGGCUUGCAAAGCAGGAACUGGUUGCGGUGGAUGUGUCACACCCGUGGGUGAAGUGCCAAAACUCCUGUCGCACACCCUCAAGAAGCUGGGCAAAGCAGGUGCUUCUGGCAUUUGUGUUCACUUCCCCUACUCCAGGAAAGAGCUCUUCGAUAUCAUUAAGGUCAAAGAGCUGAAAUCCUUCAAGGAAAUUCUUGAAGUUGUUGGGAAAAACUCUGACUGCUCUGAUGGCUGUGAACUGUGUAAGCCUGUCAUAGCCUCCAUUCUGUCAAGUCUAUGGAAUGAUCAUGCCUUGAAAGCGGGACGAGAUCAGAUUCAGGACACCAACGACCGAUUCCUGGCCAACAUCCAAAAGACAGGAACGUAUUCGGUGAUCCCUCGCUGCCCUGGAGGCGACAUCACUCCUGACACCCUCAUUGCCUUUGCAACCACAGCUAAGAAGUAUGGGCUUUGGACGAAGAUCACCGGUGCUCAGCGACUAGGCAUGUACGGAGCGAAGGUCAAUGAUUUGCCCGACAUUUACAAAGAGUUGGUGGAUGCUGGCAUGGAAACAGGCCAAGCCUAUGGAAAGGCAUUACGCACCGUGAAGAGCUGCGUGGGCACAAGCUGGUGCCGCUAUGGCCAGCAGGAUUCUGUCACCAUGGCUGUGACUUUGGAGAAUCGCUACAAAGGUCUUCGCGCGCCUCACAAGAUCAAGAUGGCUGCUUCCGGAUGCUUGCGUGAGUGUGCAGAGGCUCAGGGAAAAGACGUGGGCGUCAUCGCCACGCAGGCUGGCUACAAUCUCUAUGUGUGUGGCAAUGGUGGGGCCAAGCCAGUGCACGCUAAGCUUUUGGCCACAGACUGCUCAGUCGAGGAGUGCCUGAAAUAUGUCGAUCGAUUCUUGAUGUACUACAUUUCUACAGCCAAGCACCUGCAGCGCACAGCACCUUGGCUGGCUGAACUUGAAGGUGGCAUUGAUUACUUGAAGAAGGUUGUCAUCGAGGAUUCUCUGGGCAUAGCUGCUGAUUUGGAGCAAAUGAUGGAACGCAACCGAGCCAACGAAAAAUGUGAAUGGAAGGCAGUGGCAUAUGAUGAGGAGUUGCGCCAGAAAUUCCAACAGUUUGCGAACACCAAAGAGAUUCAUGACUCAGAACAGAUUGAAUACAUUGACAUGCGAGGCCAGCGCCAUCCCAACCUUUACAGUCCACCAGACAUCACUGGCCCAGCACUAUACAGAAAAGAGGACAGCCACUCGAGUGACUGGGAGUGGAUCUUUGCAGGACUGGUCAGCGCCUACCCCAAAAAUGGUGGGCUCAGUGUGAAGCAUGGCAUGCAGGAACUGGCAGUGUUCCACCUUCCAAGCGCAGAACCAAAGGAACAGUGGUUGGCGACGCAGAAUCUAUGCCCCCACAAGCAGGCUCGGACUAUUUCGCGCGGCCUUGUGGGAGUGCAGCCCAACGGGACAUUGACCGUGGCAGACCCCAUCUACAAGACCACCUAUAACCUUGUGACCGGUGAGGGCAUUAGCAACCCGAACUUCAACCUUUCAACUUUCAAGACGAAGGUGGAGGAUGGCAAGGUUUUUGUGCAGGUUCCUCCCUGCAGUGAGAUGGAAGAGAAAAUGGAGAAGAUGAUCCAAGAGUCCUUCAAAGCUGACGGGAGAGAAUACUUGGCAAAGAAGACAGGUGGACCUGUGGACCACAUGGGUCAAUGCUUGUCAAAGCAAAAGGACUUGUCAUGGUGAUUCAUUCCUUGCCAUGCGCUGAUUCAUGUGAUGACUUGAUGUUUUGUAUUUUGAUGCCUUGCAUUCAUGGUGCAAAAAGCGCCCAGAUUAGCUGGAGGUUAGUCUGGUGAGGCUUGCUUGCUCUUAUCACUAGGCAGAAUGAACAUAUCAACACCUUGGAGGACGGGUAUAGAAAUGUAGGACGCGCCAACCAGUACGUUUCAUGUCACCGGGUCAACAGGAGAACUUUUUAGCUCUUGUAUUCUCGAGAUUUGGUUUGUUUUGAAGGAUUGCCUUGUCAAUGUCAAGCAAGCAGCAAGAUGUUUUCCACAACUCCACAACUAAUUGUGGGAGCUGUUUCGUUGCUGCUGUUGCCAAGAGAUGGCACCGAUGAGAGAAUUUUCGCGGAUGAGCCUUGCAUGGAGUGCAGGACCGCGAAAUCAUUCGAAGUCAACAGUGCUUCGAACCAAUAGGUACUCACAGGAAUGCAAAAAAA